AUGAUGUUCUACAGCCUUGGAGUCUGUGCUUGGAGGUACCGUAUCGCAGGCCUUGUGAUUACUCUGGGGAUCACAUUUCUCGUUAUUCUUAUGGGAUCUCAUUCACUAGAGUCCAGUUUGAAGAUACAAGAAAAGCAGAGGUCUGAUCAGAGGAGAAGUCCUCCUAAAGGUCUCGCCUUAAACCUGCUCCAGACCAGGACACGCUCUCCUCCUCUGGUUUUCCUCAAAACCCACAGAACUGGAGCCAGCACGGUGCAGAACCUUCUGUUUCGCAUGGGAGAGAAGGACAUGGCCACUUUUGCUUUUCCUCGUCAAGGCUUCCACUUCAGCUACCCAAACAAAUUCCAGAUAGAAUUUGUGGAUGAAUUACCAAGUGGAUCUGAAUAUUUUGACAUCCUUUCAUCCUCACUUCGCUUUGAUGUCUCCCAGCUAAAGACGCUCAUGCCAUCGGACCCCUUUUAUGCAGCCAGCGCACGUUACAGCGCAGCCACUUAUGCAGCCAGCGCACGUUACAGCGCAGUCAUUCACGCAGCCAGCGCACGUUACAGCGCAGCCACUUAUGCAGCCAGCGCACGUUACAGCGCAGUCAUUCACGCAGCCAGCGCACGUUACAGCGCAGCCACUUAUGCAGCCAGCGCACGUUACAGCGCAGUCAUUCACGCAGCCAGCUAA